AUGGAGCACGUGAAUUUUGGUUCUGGCUGCCGGACACCGCUGCUCCCGUCACGUCUCCCAUCCAAACCCGUCAAACAAGCCACGGCUGAUGCCAAAACGCGACGCUGCCCUACAAGCAACAAGGGCGGAGCGCAGCCCUGCCGGAGAGGCUCGGGCGGAGAGGAGCUCAGCGGGCCAGGAUCCGGCCCGGGCUGCCGGCCGGGGCAGGCGCUGCGCACUCGGGGCAAAGGGUCGGCCCUGCCCGCCCGGGGCAGCGCCAGCGCGGACGGACCCCGACCCUCUCCGCGCCUCGCCCGCCGACACCCGACGCUCCCGGGACCCCGCAGCCGCAGACGGCGGCUCCCGGCAGCCCCGCUUCUCCCUCCUCGCCCCCCCGCGGAGCCGGUCGGCAGCUUGCUGCCGGGGCACUCUGGCGGCUCCUCCGGGGCUCCGCGCUCCCCGCCCGGCCCCGAGACCGAGCGGGAACCACCCCACGCGCCGUCCGCACCGCCCACCGCCCGCGCGCGCAAGCGCGGCCGCGGCCCCCGCGCACACACCUGCCCCCCCUCCCCGCCCCGCCGCCACGCGACACAGGGGCCGCGCGGAACGGCGAGAGGGCGCGCGCCCCGGCGCGGCUCUCCCCGCCCCCGGGGGGAGAGCGCACGUGACGCGUCCCCGCCCCGGAGGUGCCGCGACGCGACUUUGUUUGGGAGAGUUCCGCGCGAGAGCGUGUUUCCGCGCGGCGGGGCCGGGCGGGAGCCGCACGGGAAGCCGGCUAUCCCCCCGCCGCCGCCGCCCCGGGCCCCCGGAGCGGAAGGGAGGGAAAGAGGGAGGGAGGGACAGCUGCGGCUCCGCCAAGCGGCGCUACCGCCGCCGCCGGGCAGCGGCUGCCCCGCCUCUGGUCCCGCCCCCGGCGUGUCCCACCCCCGCGGGCCCUGCCCCUUUCCCUCCUGCCGCCGCCGCCGCUGCUGCCAGCGCAGCCUGAACUGA